GACAGUAAUGACAGUGACAGUGUGAUCGACUUUGUUUUGCAAUUUUGUAGCGCGAGUUUGAUAUUUUGCCAAUCAUUUUCGUUCAUAACGCCUGGUUAGUUUUAGCUUGCAUCUUCGCACAAUGGAGACUAACUUACAACACGAAGAUUUGCUUAUAAAAUUACGAGCAAAACUCAACGAACAAAAAAUUAAACUAUGGGAACCUCCAUACAUACUUCCAGACAAUGGCAUAACACAAAGUUUGCAGGAAUUGGCUGCUGGAUAUUCCAAUGACCUAUCAGUUGAUCAGGAAACUGUUGUUGAAGCUCUACGGGAGCUACAAUUACACUCUAUUGACCGUUCUAAGGCUAAUGCAGAGUUUAAGGAGACAGGAUGUGCAACAUUUAGAGUAAGGGCUACCAUGCCCGGUGAGAAGCCUCGUGUGAUGAAAGUGCAACGGAAGCUGGAGAUACUAGGCAGUGAGCUAAUUAAGGCGGUGGCUGAUGGUAUAGGUGUCACUGACAACCGAGUGAAGUUAAUAUUUAAUGGUAAAGUGAUUAACACAACACAAACUCUACAUGAGCAAGGAGUCAAAAAUGGAGCUCAAAUAAUGGCUCUGGUCAUGGCAGAGACUCCUGAGGAGGUGAAGAAAGAAGACACUAUGUAUAUGGAAAUGAAGACGACAAGAGAUGACGCUAUGCUGCUGUCGGAGUGUGUUGAUGACUUCGAUGAUGAUGAUGAGUACAUGAAAUUGGAGGAUCAGUCAGGUAAGGCUGUGCAGUUGCCGGCUUCAGAACGCAAGGCGUUGAUGGUCGGACUGGCUUUACACGAGCGAGGUCGGGCCGCGGCUAAGAAUAAAGAAUAUUCCCUCGCUUUGGUACUGUUGCUGGAGGCUGACAGACAUUUCAGCGACUGCAGUUCCUCAAUCCUGAAUACAGUUGACAACUGGGCUGUACUCCAGUUGGAUAUAGCUUGGAGCUAUCUCUGUCUGAACUCUCUCUCCGCCGCUUCUGAUGCUGCCAACCGUCUUGCGAGGGCCGAAAGAGCAUUCAGGAACACUUAUGGGGAGGAUCAUCAACGACUGAUCGCUUUAAAAGGGACCGCUGCAAACGAACGCGUACUGUUCAUGCGACUCUACCUGCUGCAAGGGAUCGUGGCCUACCACCAAAACAAACGCGCUGAAGCCAGGACCCUACUGGAGAAGGCCGAGAAUGAAAUGAGCUUUUUGAGGGUUGAAGACGGGGCAGUAGCAGGGCUAGUAGAACUAGGCUGGUCGCCGGGCCAGGCCAGGGCCGGACUGCGGGCCGUCAGGGACCCGGACGGGGCGCAUCAAUACCUCGUCAAUGCUACCGAGAGGAGGGCUGAAGCCAGGAGGCUGCAUAGGGAGGACAGGCAACGUCGUCAGCUUGGGCUGUGCCUCGACGGUUCUGAAGUAAAGCAACAGUUUGUAGAGGCGCUCAUCGGGAUGGGGUUCUCCCGCAGACUGGCGACCCUGGCGCUCAGGAACUCCAACAAUCACGUCUCUGAUGCUGUCAGGCUUAUACAGGAGCAACCCGAAAUGUUGGUGGAUAGCGAUGUGUCUUCGUCUGACAGCACGCAGAGUCCCAGAUCCGAUGAAACUGUGGUGGAACCCGAUGAGAAGCUUAUCCUUGAGUUGUCAGCAAUGGGCUAUGAGCUGGAAGAAGCCAAGACCGCAUUGAAAUGGUCCCGGAACAGCCUGGAGGCCGCCGUUGACUUGCUGGUGGAGGGGGGAGGAAAGAUGCAGGCAGAAGAUCCAGCGAACCCGUCCACCAGUUCGGGAGCUGCAGCCAGAAAGAAACACAAGAAGCACAGGAGAGAUAAAAAAAGGAAAGAGCGUCAGCAAGCAUUGGACAGGCUGUCUUCAGCGAUAAAAGCCGAUGAGGACGACCAUCUCGACACUUCGCUCGUGGAGGAGGAGCAGUUCCUGGCUCAGUACAAGUCGCUGCUUUAAACAGGUGCUAAACUCCACCUUAUUAUCAUAACAAUAACGUACAAAGUAGUGUUGGCUGUGUGUUUAUAUAACCUUUCGUAACUUAGACGGGUGCCAUGACGUAAUUUUUUCUCUGUAAUUGAGUUCUUGUCGACAUUCGACGCGUAUCGAAGAUCGAAUUCAACUUCGUGAUAAAGGUACAGUUUACCUUGUAUUAUGUACUACACGAUAUCGAUAAAAAUAUGACAAUAUUACCAGUCCCUGUAGCGUGAGCACCACAAUUUACAUUAUAUCACGCUUUUUAUCGCGUCUAACUGUCAAACUCCAUAGUAAUUUGACAAUGUAUAACUGCAAAAUAAAAGUUGGCAAAUGGCUGAAAGGUAUGGAUUGCGAAGAGACGGAGUGUUUAAUAAAUAAUUAAUUAGAACACUUUAUUGUGUAAUCAAAUACAGCAGCAUUUAGUUAUUGUCGGUUUCUGUAGUUUUUAUAACUAGUUUAUAUAUCUAUAUAAGUAAUCAUGCAACCAAUGUGCGUACACCUAAAUCGGCUACAGUAUUUACGUAUAUAGAGGGGACCCUGUUGCCUGUAAUACAGGUUAUCCUACCACUGGCAACAGAAGUCACCUUUAACAAUAUUUAAGCUCCAAUGUGCCUCUUGUCACCAAUCUUUGUAUUAUUAAUUUAAAAUAUUGUAACUUGCUUUAAGUCAAUAAACGUUUAUUAUUAUAUUAUUAUUUAUUAUAAUGGAACGUGAUAAAAACGAGCUAUAUAUCAUAUCGCGCUGAUCAUGCUAGGGGGGCUGGUGUUCUUUGAGUAAAGUGUUUAUAAUACGAAGUUAUAUUAUAAAAUAAACAGGUGCUAAACUGCACCUUAUUAUCAUAACAAUAACGUACAAAGUAGUGUUGGCUGUGUGUUUAUAUAACCUUUCGUAACUUAGACUUGACGUAAUUUUUUUGUCUGUAAUCGAGAUCUUGUCGACAUUCGACGCGUAUCGAAGAUCGAAUUCAACUUCGUGAUAAAAAGGUACAGUUUACCUUAUAUUAUGUACUCCACGAUAUCGAUAAAAAUAUGACAAUAUUACCAGAUGUUCUUUGAGUAAUGUGUUUAUAAUACGAAGUUAUAUUAUAAAAUAAUAUGCUGUUUUUAUCAUCGACGGAUGAAGAAGUGGUACUUGAGAAAAUUUUACUAGAAAAAAUCCACGCGGACCAGGCAGCAGACGGGAGUCGAGCCCGCACCCUUCGCUAUAAGGGCGAAUGCACUGACCAUUAUGCUACAGUAUUAAUCAUUUAAAAGAAGAAAUAGCAAUUAUAGUUUAAAAGCCAAAAAAAUAAAAUUAUAAUUGCUAUUUCUUCUUUGAAAUGUUUAUUACUUGUAAAGGUAUUAAUUUGACAUUGUGGGUUACCUACAAUGCGAAGAGACUGGCGCUGCCUUGCAGCUUAAGAUAGGCUAGAGAAAAUUCUACACGGCCGUCAGGGCCGCGGUAGCUAAUGGUCAGUGCAUUCGCCCGGAUAGCGAAGGGUGUGGGUUCGAGUCUCGUUAGCUGCCUGGUCCGCCGGCAAGUCUAGCAGUUAAAUGCUUUAAAAAAUGGAAGUGGUACUUAGGUACAAAAAUGUUUAAGAUUCAUAUGAGUUCUCGGAAGUGAAAUAUAUUUUAAUUACAAUAUUAUCUUUUAGCUAUUAUAAACAAUUAAGUGUCAAAUAUAAAUGAAAGGCUCGAUUUAAUAUAAAUUUAUUUAUUUUAAUGUAUUCUUAAUAAAUUCAUACUUCCUUGCAUCUGUUGCUAUUAUAUAUACUUAGUAUUAGAUACUUACUCAUUGAAUAAAUCCAUCCAAUGUAUAUUUUUUCAAUAAAUAUAUCUAUUUUCUAUAUUGUUGUUUUAUUGAAUUAGUCUAGAUUCUAUUUUAUAUUAUUAAUUUUAUAUUAGCAAGUAAAAUAAAUAAUUAAGGCGAUUCAAAUUAUUAAAAAAAAACAUCUUAGAGAAAACUUGUGUCAUGUUAAAUAUUAAGUAUUUUUUGUCAUUUAUAUGAAUAAAAUUAUAUAAUUUUAUAUAAUUAUAUUACAUUAGAAUGGACGCAAAGGACAUGGCUAAGAAACUGCCCUUAACUUGUAUAAAUAUUUUAUUUAUUACGUGUUUAUUAUUCUCAUACAACUUUCGUGAAAUAAUCAAAUAUAUUUAAAAGUAUAAAAAUUGACUUCAUGUCUGUUUAAAAAGCAAAAUGUUCCGUUUUACAAAAUAAAUGAACAAUAAAUGUACACAAAAAAUAUUUGUGGAAGUAUAUCGAAAUAAACAAUAUUAUUUCUAAACUCCUUCAAACUAUGACAUAUUUGGCCUUAAUUUUUAUCAAAACAAAUCACUGAAGGCCUAAAAUUACAGAUUUUAUUAUUCUGAUCAGGCUUGAGGCAAGGCUGUAUGAUAAUUAAUCCUUUAACUUUUGCAAAUGAAUAAAAUAAAACUUCACUGAUUUCCUGUCAGGCCGACGAUAACAAACUAGUUGUAUUUAUUUUUGCUUUAAUAACACUUUUUAUGAAUAGUUAAUCAGAGAAAUGGGAAGAAAGAUUCUAAGAAAAUGCGAAAUUGAUGACUCUGUAAAUAAUUGGCAACAUCUUUUAUCAACUGUAGACUUUCAAGAUUGUGACUUUAUCAAAAGUUCCUGAGCCUUUUUUCAUAGAAAUUAUAAAUAUUCAGCCAUUUACCAUUCAUCAUCAUCAGCCUAUUAAUGUCCCCACUGCUGGGGCACAAGCCUUCCCUAUGAAUGGAAUAGGGAGAUUGGGCCAUGACCCAUCACGCGUUCCCAGUGCGGAUUGGUGGGCGUUAACGACUGCAGAUGCAGCCGGGACCAACGGCUUAGCGUGCCUUCCGAAGCACGGAGGAGCUCGAGAUAUUAAAUUUUUGGUCACCCAUCCAAUGACCGACCACUGCGAAAGUUGCUUAACUUCAACGAUCGCAGCCGAACGCGCUAACCACUUGCGCCAUCGAGCUCCCAUUAAAUAUUACUUAUUAUAGUAUUUAUACAUUGCCAGGGCAGUCGCUCAUACAAAACUUUACCAUGUCCUUUAAAUUGUCUUGUGUUGUUGUUCGUUAGACCAACAACAUCGUUUAUCGUAAUAUUUUAAUGUAUCUAAUAUGUAUUUCUGAGUUAUAUUAGCCACCUUCAAAUUUAAAGAAAAUAUAACUAGAAAAAAAAAAUCCACGCGGACCAGGCAGCAGACGGGACUCGAACCCGCACCCUUCGCAAUCCGGCCGAAUGCACUGACCAAUUAUGCUACCGCGGCCAUCACGGACCACGUCGAAUUUCUUCUAGCCAUUCUUAAGCUGCAUGGCAGCGCCAUCUCUUCGCAUUAUAGUUAACCCACAAUGUCAAAUGAAUACUUUUACAAGUAUUAAACAUUUGAAAGAAGAAAUAGCAAUUACAGUUAUAAUUUUUAUUAUUUCAAAGCAUGUAACAUUUGAAAAUGCAGCUUAAGAAUGGCUAGAAGAAUUUCGACGUGGUCCGUGAUGGCCGCGGUAGCAUAAUUGGUUAGUGCAUUCGCCCGGAUUGCGAAGGGUGCGGGUUCGAGUCCCGUCUGCUGCCUGGUCCGCGUGGAAUUUUUUCUAGUUAUAUUUUCUUUAGAUUUAAACAUCAAGCAGUUACAUGCUUUAAAAUAAUAAAAAUUACACCUUUAAAUAUUCACUAAAGAUUGUCUUUGGAAUUGUUUAUCCUUAAUACAAACUGUAACAGUAUGGGGUGGGACUGAAUAACUGUACCCCUAACACGAACCAUUAUCGAAUUCGAAUAGUUUGCAAACCGAAAUGUCAAUGUCAAAUUUUGUAUGGAAACUUGAACAGCAGCGGCACAAAGUACGUAACGAGAACUAAAAAUCAGUACACAUUUUACAAUGACAUUUCGGACUCGCAAACGAUACGAAUUCGAUAUUGGUUCGUGCUAGGGGUACUGGUGUAAGUUAAAUGUAAUAUAAGAUAUGUGAUUUUUAAUUUUUAGCAGUGAACUUUAUUUAUUUUAUCCGACAUUUCUACCAUAUUUGGAGGUGACGUCAGUAUGAAUAUAUAUAGCUACUAGCUGACCCAGCGAACUUCGUACCGCCCUAAAAAAAUAGGGGUUGUCCAGCGGACAAAAUUGUGAAUCUAAACCAUUCUCAGAUCCCCUUGAACACACACAAAAAAUUUCAUCAAAAUCGGUCCAGUCGUUUAAGAGAAGUUCAGUGACAUACACACUUACAGAAGAAUUAUAUAUAUAAAGAUAGUAUGAUGCGGUUGGAUACAACACUAAUUUUACUGUCCCAAAGCUCACUUUAUCGAACACUAAGAUCAUGACAUCAUUCUUUGAUAUCAAAUUAAGGCUAUCGAUAUUACUCUAUUUCAAAGUAUCGAUAGGAUAUAAUAGGGUAUUUGACAAGUUUUAGAAAAGGAUCUCACGUUAUUGACUAAUGUUUAUGGAGUCCGUUAUUCCCGGAUAUUCAUCAUUCUGUUGUGUAUUUCAGUGAAAAUAACCAAAUCAAAAACUCCGUUUUCAAGUUGCCGUGAAAAUCUUUCUCUGGACAAUAUGGCGUCUUACUAGUGUGUGACGUCACACGACCGUUAUUAAAACGUCAAACAAUACAAUGUAAUGUCACUUUAACCGGAAGUUUACUUGCGUGUGACGUCAUUUUAGGCUCUGCCAAUCCCAGGCGUUUUGGGUCACGUGACAACAGAUAAGAAAACUAUUAUCUUAUUCGUUAGUUUUUCGAAAAAAAAAAUUGUGUGUGUCUGCUCCGACGCACGACCGGAGUUUACACUCUAAAAACGAUUGUCUUUGAACAGACACAAAACAAAAUCAAGUCCGAAGAAGUCGGUUACAAGUAGAGAUACCUCAGGAAUCGUUCCAUGGUUUCGACUAUCAUAGGUUCCAUGUCACACAUUUUAUCAUCUAACAUCAGCGAUAUUCAUCAUAUAUUUUAUUAUGUAUUUCUGGAAACACACAAUUUCAAAAAUAUCACACACUAGUCAUCAUUUUGUAAAUAUGUAUUAUAAUUCCAUCUGUACUGAAAAUCACUAUUCCAGAUUGGUGGACACUUACCGGCAUUUCUCUAUAUUCUGUUAUUUAUUUGUUUUCAUUAAUUUUGCUCCGAUUUUAUCUAUUUUUAGUUUAUUUAUUUUAUUGACAUUUGUGACUACUUAAAGUUUUUUAUCCGUUGCCAUGGCUAAAAGUGAAAGGUGCGCAGAUGAGGUUGCGCACAAAGACGUAACGAGGUCAUUAAUGUCAUUCAUCGAUAGAUUUUACUCCUCACAUUUUUCUCAUACCGGGCACCUUAUGUACGCAAAUCGAUUCUUAAGGAGUAAACUCCAAAUAUAUGAAUAUUUAUUUUGUAAAAAUAUUAAAAACCCCUGCCAAUAUUCAUUCUAAACACAGAUGUUAACAAUUGACACUUUAUUUUUAACACUGUCAAAUACCCUAUUUUACAUGCAACAUUAAUCUUUAGAUCUAUAGCUCUUACAAAAGUCACUUUUCCGUCACGAACUCAAAGAAGACAACGUCAUUCUUUAUAUACUCGAAUUUGUCCAAGCUAGUGUGCGGUAUGAAAAUGUACUGCCGUUUCAAUUGUAGCACUGUUUUGUCCAAUGUUUCCGUGGACCGCGCCCGGUCUAAAGUUUCCGUGGAUCGCGAUUUCUCUCCCUCCUGGUCUACGGAGUCGUAGUCGUGCCGCUUGGAUGAUGAUUUGCGUCUCAAUUGGAGAGACUUUACGAUGUCCAUAGCCUGUUGAAUGUAGAAAAAUGAUUAUAAAAAAACCUUUUGUUCUACGAUUAUUUAAUGUCGCACGGUAAAACUAGUAAAACGGGUCGUGUGACGGACUAUAGAAUAGAAUAGAAUAUAAUUUGAUUAACCCAGAUAUUACACAUUACAGAUAUAAAUAAAAAAAAAAUCCUCAGGGCUAACCAGGACCCUGCCUCAGCAUUAGCUGAUGCGACAUUGGUUGCUUUCCAAUUACAGCAUUAUAGCGCAUUAUGCGGCAUAAUGCUUAACGUUGAGUGUUCCAACUACAGCAACGCUUCGCACAAUUGAGCACUCUCAAAAGUGAUGCUUUCGUGUGAUGCGUGCAAUGGUACCAACUUAGAGACAGAAAAUUAACAAAUGUUUUUUCUUUAAGUUGGCAUUGAUCGAAAUGUUUUAUUUAUAUGUUAACGUUAGUAAUAUUAUGUAUUGUUGAAAAAUUAUUAAAGCUUUCGUUUCAUUAAAUAGUUUUUUUUUAAAUAAUCAAAGCUCAUUCAAACUGUUAAAAAAUAAAUAUAAGUAUGGAUGAAGGUACAAACAUUGACUUUUUUUUUCAACACUGAACUUAGCGCACUCUGCUGGUGCAUUUGAAAACUAAUUCACGUUCCAAUUAAGCAUCAGCAUAAUUGGGCAUUGUGCGGCACUGAGUCGCAUUAUGCUCUGUAAUUGGAAAGCAUACAUUGUGUCGCACCAGCGCUGUUAUUCUGGCAGGGCCUGUUUAGUGACACAAAAAAAAGACAUGUUAAAAAUAAAAUUUUAUUACUUGAAAGGAUGUAUGGACUUAACAUCCUUUGCUUUCAAGUAACAAAAAAUUAAGAUAAAAAAAGUCAAUCAAAAAACACAACACUAUAACAGCAAGCAAAGCAAUGCGAAACAAAGCGAAGCAAUUCAUUUCAGCCUAAAAAAAUCAUUUAAAUUCAAAAUAUACAUGAUUGAUAACGCAACCGCAACCGCCACCCAAAAAUAGCAGUUACUCAUAAUAGCAAUAAGCAUAAGUUAUGUACUGUUAGGGUACGGCCAGAGUGCACUCAGAUUCAGACUCAGAUUCAGAUUUCGAAAACAAGCGCGAGAAAUAAACAGUGUAGUCUAAGCAGGUUGCCUGCUUUUUCUCGCGCUUUGUUUUCUGAGUCUGAAUCUGAAUCUGAAUCAGGAGUGCAAUCUGGCCGUACCCUUCGACUACACUGUUUAUUUCUCGCGCUUGUUUUCGAAAUCUGAAUCUGAGUGCACUCUGGCCGCACCCUUAUUCAGAAACAGGACACACUAGUGUCAAAAAGUAUGAGGUCAAAUCAUGCUACGGACAAUUUGCAUCAAAGCUGUGAAUCAGCUGCUGUGAGGGUAAAACUGUACUUCCAGGGCCCAAAAGGUGAUACUUGUUUUUUUUUGUAGAAAAGGUCUUUAUAACAGAUUUUUUUUCUUCAGGUCACAACACUAACCUAACCUAACCUAGUGUGAAGUAUCAUCACUUGAUAAUAAAAGUAAAAAUUUUCAAUAUUUUUUUCUAAAAAACUACCAGUGCAUAAGUGUGACAUUUUUUUUAAUAAUGUGGUUAACAGAAACCUUUUUAACAACAAAAAUGCGAAAUUACAACCAACAAAACUGUGAUAUACUAUAAUACACAAGAGUUCCUUAGUGACACUUCCUUGAAAAAAAUGGACAUAAUUACGUAAUUAACUUAUAUUUUAGUCUAUUAUAGCACAAUUUAUUAUUAUUGUUAGUUUGACAUAUUGCUUAGUAAUUUUGACAUUUAAUUCUAUCUAUGACUUGUUUUAUUGUAAUUGUAAUUUAUUAAUAUGGAUUUUUAUAUAAUUGUAAACCUAAUUAUUUCAUAAAAAAUAUUGUAUACCUUGUAAUAAGGUCGAAAUGUAGUGACACUAAACUUUUAUCCUAACACCAAUUUGCUGUACUAACCUACAUUUCACAAUAAAGCAUUUGAAUUUGAAUUUGAAUUUGAAGUUUUUACUUUUGGUCCCUGGAGGUACAGUAUAUCCGCUGUGAGCUAUACGCGCAGUGCACGUGGUUUGACGACCCAAAAAGCGAUUAAUCAUCAUCAUCAGCCUAUUAAUGUCCCCACCCACUAUGCGGGCCCAGUGCGGAUUAGCGGGUGCUUUUUGAUCACCCAUCCAAUGAAAGACCACUGCGAAAGUUGCUUAAUUUCAGCAAUCGCAGCCGAACGCGCUAUCCACCCGCACCAUCGAGCUCCUCAAAAAGCGAUACUAUCAAUAUUUAUUUCUUUUUCUUUCACAGUAAGCUAGUUGGAAUAGAUUACUCUAGUAUACAAAACAUCUUAUUUAUCCUUGUUCAUGCGAGAAAUUGCUUGAUUAUGGUAAUGUCGGAUGGUGUGUUUCAUAUCAUAGUUAAAUGACAAUGACAGAUUCUGACCCACCAUAUACAGUAAUGUUAAAUUUAUGAAAAAAUAUAUGCGAUUUUUUUUCUCGUACUGAUUUAAUUAUUACUUUGUAAAAGCGGCGGAUACGAAAUAAAUAUUAAAAUAAUUUGUAUCUACUGUUUCCGUUAGGAGAAGAACGAAAACAUGGCAUCUGCGUUUUGUUUCACGACAGACAAUAAAAUACCAGUCGAGUUUUCGCAAAAUAUCAUUCUAUUUUGAAUAUUAUGGAUAAAAUAAGCAUUUCGGUUAUAAAUAUAAUUAAUUUAUGUUUAUAAAAAAGUUUAACGAUUAUAGUAUCUUGUAUUUUUAAUGUGCAUACACAUUAUUAAGUGGUAGUAAAUAUGUGAAACUAAACGUUACUCUGGAUUGAUAUCCUUUUGAUUGACAUUUCCGUCAAACAAAAGGAUUUGUACGACAUUGUCGUUUGUGAUUUGGAACCAUGUUGAGAUGCAUAAAUUGUUAUUUAUGUGUCGAUAGAAUACAAAGGCAUGUCGUUUAAACACUAUCAGCUACAAUGCGAACACUGUUGAAUAAUAAUUUAUAGAAAUUCCAAUUUUCUGCUCAAAUUGCAGCUCGAGAAACGCAUGAUAAUUGUACUCUUUGUCAGUAUAUUAUUCAAUAACCACAGCUUCUAGAGAAUUUACAACUUUACUAUUUUGAUUCCUAAUAUUAUUAGCUAUGAAAAGUCAUUUAUCGCAUUCGUGUACACCAUUUUUAUCGGGUGGGUUAAACCUCUAUAGAACUUCUGGCAUUGUCCUUUGCAAGCGCCAAGUGAAAAUUUGAAACAAUAAAUAAUACCGGGGUUUCUAUCGGCGGGCUGGUCCUUCAGUCCUAUAGUGAUGCUUAUGGCACAUUGCGACUCCAGUACGCGUCCCUUCGAAUUGGGGGUCUAACUCUACUCUCUUUCUCCUUAACGAACUUUCGAUAACGAAAUUCAAACGAAAUUUAAAUUCGUCACAUUGAGGUUAUACUUAAUUUGGAAACGGCGGGUUGUUGGAGCGCAGAGGCCAAGCAAUUUGUGUGGGACCUGGGCCGCCGACUCAGGCAAAAAACUAAUGACCCUCGCUCCGGGUCGUUUCUGGCACAAAGAUUGUCUAUUGCCAUCCAGCGUGGCAAUGCUGCAAGCAUAAUGGGCACCUUUGCGCCAGAAACGAUACGGGGUGAUAUUUGAAUAUUAUUAGUAUUUGUAUAUUAUUCUUGUACAUAAUGUUAAUUUUAGUUAUCUUAAUAUAUAUAAAUCUCGUGUCACAAUGUUUGUCCUCAAUGGACUCCUAAACCACUGAACCGAUUAUAAUGAAAUUCGCACACUAUGUGCAGUUCGAUCCAACUUGAGAGAUAGGAUAGUUUAAAUCUCAAAUUAUAGUCGCAAUUUUAAUUUAUUGCAAAUUAUUACUUUUGGGCGGUACGAAGUUCGCCGAGUCAGCUAGUUAUAUUAUAUUUUUAAGGUUUUUAGUUUUAGGUUCAUUGUUACAACUUUAUGCAAUUAGAAUGUAUAAUUAAUAAAUCAACAAAUAGUAAAUGAAAAAAAAAAAAAAAAAAGUUAAUUGAAUUAUUCUCUUAAAAAAGAAAGUGUAUUGUUUAAUGUACAUAAACAGUUGUUUGUAUAAAAUAUAUAUUUGUGCAAUAAAGUAAUUGAAGACUAGGUAUUAUUCAUAAUAUAAUAACAUAUAGUAACCAUAUGUAUAAAAGUAUGAUAAUUACUAAUAUUGAUUGUAUGUUAGUCAUUUAAUUUUGAUAACAAUAAAAGGAUUUGAAUGAUAAACUAUCAAAGGAGACCCGGCACUUUUCAUAGAAAAAAUGCUAAACUUGUAUACAGUUGAAUUUGGUCUCAAAAUAAAGCCAAAAUUAUUUGCUACAUAAAACUACUUUUGCCUUAUUUUUAGUGAAUCUUGGAAAGAAGUUAUAUAAUGAUUAAUAUUUUUUGAUAUGGAAACCCUAAAUCUUCAAGGGACAGAAUUUUGCCUCAAAAUAUUACUGAAGUGACUGUACAAACCAUGAUUCCUUUGCUUUUUCUAAAUAAAAAACCAAAUGUCAAUUUGACAAUCCUAAAAUACAAACAAAAAAUCAUUCGCAUUUCGCAUCCGCUCCCGCGUACUGUGAUUGUGAAUGUUCUCUGCUGUGAUUGCCUUUUUAUCUGUUAUUUCUCUUGACGACCCGGCUACAUAUAGAGGUGAUAUUGACAAACCUACGUAUUUGACAUUGACAGCUAGCUGCUGAUGACAAAUAUUGCCAGACUGCGUUACCCAAUUAUGAAACACAGAUAAAAAAAAUAAAAAAGUAUACAACUUUGGCACAAAAUGCCGGGUGUCCCUUAAGCUUUCUAUGAAUAGGCUUAUAAAAUCUACACCUCAGUCUAUAUUCCGACGACAAAUAUUAUUAUAAUCAAAAACGAACCAGUAACAUUGUAAGGAAAUUGCGAUGUUUCGAUCGAAAUUUCGUUUUUCGUUGAAUUAGGGUAGCCUCCUGAUUAUACGUCAUAUGGAGACCUUUCCAUUGGCAAUUUCGAUUUAUCUCUAAAAAAGAUUGAAGAAAAUAUAACUAGAAAAAAAAUCCACGCGGACCAGGCAGCAGACGGGACUCGAACCCGCACCCUUCGCAAUCCGGGCGAAUGCACUGACCAAUUAUGCUACCGCGGCCCUCACGCCCGCGUCGAAAUUCUUCUAGCCCUUCUUAAGCUGCUAGGCAGCGCCAUCUCUUCGCAUUAUAGUUAACCCACAAUGUCAAAUGAAUACUUUUACAAGUAUUAAACAUUUGAAAGAAGAAAUAGCAAUUAUAGUUAUAAUUUUUAUCAUUUUAAAGCAUGUAACUGCUUGAUUAGAAAAAAAUCCACGCGGACCAGGCAGCAGACGGGACUCGAACUCGCACCCUUCGCAAUCCGGGUGAAUGCACUGACCAAUUGUGCGGGUUCGAGUCCCGUCUGCUGCCUGGUCCGCGUGGAUUUUUUUCUAAUCAAGCAGUUACAUGCUUUAAAAUGAUAAAAAUUAUAUCUAAAAAGAUUGUCGAAAUUUUAGGAAGGCCAAAGGCUCAAAAUCUUCAAAUCUCAAAAUUGGUAGCCCGGCGGCCGCGGCCCGACUGAUGUUGGUCGGGCAUUGUAUAUAUGGAGUGUUUUGUAUGGAGUGUAUAUGUGCCUCCGAAUUUCUCUUGCGCGAUGUAGGCUUCCAUACGUUGUGAGCGCGGCACCGGUAGCGCCAUCUCUUGGGGAGGUGAAUGGUUAUUUCCUUCAUGUCGGUUAUAUGCUUAGAUUAAAACAAAAAGGGUAGAUACGGCACUAGCCUCAUAAAAGUGAUCCGCAUGAAUUGUGGUCCACGACCCUACUCGCUUUAGUCACAACUUGACAUGCAAACGACGUACAUGUAAACACCAAAAAGAAAUAUUGCUAAUAUUUUGUGUUUAUAUGACAAAACAACGCCUAAGUGUGUUUUUAAAAAGUGCUCAAAUUGCUCAAGAACUGAAAAUAAAACCCACGGCAUCACUUUUCAUUCGUAAGUAUUAUAAAAUAUAUUUUUUCAUAAAAAAUGCUGUUUGUUUUGAAUAUUAUUCGGUAGUGACGUCGAGUACUGGUCGCGUGAUUGGUCGGUAGUGCAGUGACGCGGAUCUCGCCGUCUCGUUCGCGCUGCCGUUGAAACUUAACGUGCUGUUUCGUUCGGGUCGGUAAUGCAGUGACGCGGAUCUCGCCGUCCCGUUCGCGCUGCCGUGGGAUCAGUUUUUGUUUGAUGCAAGUAUGAGCGUACCGUAUCUACCCUUUUUAUUUUAAUCUAAGGUUAUAUGUGGGGCAUGUAGAUAUCGCCGCCCGCCACAAAAUGAUGCUCAAAAUUUGAAUCUUGAUUGAGAUAAGUUUAAAAUAAUACUGGCCUGGUUUCUAUUGGCUGGCUGGUCCUUCAGUGCUAUGGUGAUGCUUAUGUCACAGGGCCACUCCAGUAAUGCGUCGUGCGGCGAACUAAUUGUACGCACGGUGCAAGUCAUAUGGCGACCUUUCCAUUUGCCUAUACCGUUCAGUUGAAGUUCGGC